AUGUCAGGCAGCACAUGGCAGCACGGAGUGACAGUGGUGACAGUGACAAGAGACCGGCCAGAGUUCUUGUUGCGAGCGGCCAAGUCGGUUUUCGCACAAGAACCAAAGGACCUCUUUGUGAAGCAUGUGAUCAUCGGCGUCGAGUGCUCGCAGCUCAAUCAAUGGAGAGACGACUACUUCGAUGAUUUAGCGAACCCGAAAGAUUGUCGAACGCUGGUCUGCGAGAACGUUUCUCGCACACCUGCUUCAGCAGCUGCUUCCAUCUCGGCGAGAUGUGCUGCGCUGCGGAUGGAAGCUGUCAGAAGACACGCAAACACCGAUUUUGUGGCCUUUUUGGAUGACGACAACGUGCUCCUGCCACAGCAUCUCACUUCGCUGAUGUCCUGCGCCGACAUGGCUCCAGCUGUGGAUUUGGCCUAUAGUCACAGACUGAUGUUCCACAACGACGGACAUCUGUUCAGAGGUGACUUCUUCCCGUGGGCUGUCAAUGACGAGCUCCAAAGCAACGGACUAAAGGUGAUGACGCAAGGAGGCAUCAUGGUUGAAGAAAGUCCUGUGGUCUUCGACACUCAUUUGUGGGAUGAAUCUUCUGGCUACUCUGGAACUGUCGAUACAAAUGAAUGGUUGAUGCGUCGAUCUCUGCUGGACUCAAUCCCAUGGCCCAGUGACGUGACAGAGAGAGAGCAGCAAAAUGGCAUCUUCGAAGACGGCAAGUUCCUACGCUGGCCUUCAGACUCGGUGGGCGCAGCAACUCUGCUCCUCAGGUGCCGGGCAGAACGAUCUGCACUCCGAGCUUCGCCAUCUUCGUGGAGAGAUGCAGCUUUGUCCAGCGAGUCGCCAGCCUCACAGUUGCGGAGAAAGCCCUCGUAA